CCUCAACUGUCCCCCAGCCUGAAGCGCUGCUGCCGGAAUCCAACACAACAAUGGCGACUCCCAGUCCGGACAGUAACUCUAACAGCAGCAGCUCCAGCUCCGGCUGCAUCGUCGGAUCCACGUCGCACCAGUUCCACCAGCAGACGCAGAGCAGCAGCAUGCAGGAAACCAACACCUGCUGGAGAUGUCAGAAUGAAACAGGGUUUCAGAUAAGCCUGUCUGGAGUGCCCCAAACUGGUCGAAGCCACAGUGUCGUCUGGUGCAUGUUGUGUGGAUCUGGAUCUGUUUCUGUCUUCACUCUGUCAGGGAAACGCAAAGCGCUGAAGUUGAACUUUGCCAACCCGCCAGUAAAACCCACCUCCAGGCUGCCGCUCCAUCCAACGCCUCCCUCCUUCCAAAACCCUCACAUAGAGCGACUGCGGACGCACAGUAUCGAGUCGUCGGGGAAACUGAAAAUCUCCCCCGAGCAGCAUUGCGACUUCACCGCCGAAGACUUGAGAGACCUCGGCGAGAUCGGCCGCGGAGCGUACGGCUCCGUCAACAAGAUGGUCCACAAACCCACGGGCCAGAUCAUGGCUGUCAAGAGGAUUCGCUCGACCGUGGACGAGAAGGAGCAGAAGCAGCUGCUGAUGGAUCUGGACGUGGUGAUGAGGAGCAGCGACUGUCCGUACAUCGUCCAGUUCUACGGCGCUCUGUUCAGAGAGGGGGACUGUUGGAUAUGUAUGGAACUCAUGGCUACCUCAUUAGACAAAUUCUACAAAUAUGUUUAUAGUUCACUAGACGACGUCAUUCCAGAGGAAAUAUUAGGCAAAAUAACAUUAGCUACGGUUAAAGCACUGAACCACUUAAAAGAAAACUUGAAAAUAAUUCACAGAGACAUCAAACCUUCCAACAUUCUCAUGGACCGAAAGGGAAACAUCAAGCUAUGCGACUUUGGCAUCAGCGGUCAGUUGGUCGACUCCAUAGCAAAGACCAGGGACGCAGGCUGCCGGCCGUACAUGGCGCCGGAGAGGAUAGACCCCAGCGCUUCCAGACAAGGCUACGAUGUCCGGUCUGAUGUUUGGAGCCUGGGAAUCACUUUGUACGAGUUGGCCACGGGCAGAUUUCCUUACCCCAAGUGGAACAGUGUUUUCGAUCAGCUCACACAGGUGGUGAAAGGAGAACCACCUCAGCUCAGCAACUCGGAGGACAGACAGUUCUCGCCCAAGUUCACCAACUUUGUUAAUCUAUGCCUUACAAAGGAUGAAUCAAAACGGCCAAAGUACAGGGAGCUUCUGAAACGUCCGUUCAUCAUGAUGUACGAGGAGCGCUUCGUGGACGUCGCCAACUACGUGUGUCGCAUCCUGGACAUGAUCCCCACCUCGCCCAUCUCGCCCAUGUACGUGGACUGACCUGAGCGAGUCCCAGUCGUAGUUUUAUUCACACGUUCCAAAGAUUUUAACUAAAGAGGAACUUUUAAAAGUCCAAAAUUGCCCGGUGCAAUACGUCGAGUCGUUAAAAAACAAAGGUUCAACUCGUAAACGUGUAAAUGAGUGUUUUGGUAGCGUGGCUUUAUUUUUCUUUUCGUUUAUUUUUCUUUACAUUUCCCCCCGAUAUGCAAACCUGUGUUUGAGUUUGUCUCUCACAGCCGACGCUCGCUCUCGGCGCGUUCCACUCUCAUGUGUUAUGGUGACGUUUGUGUUCAAAAAAGAUUUAAGCGUUAAAAAGUAAACGUAAAGAUGAAUUGCAAAAAGGCCAUUUAACAACACACAAAAAAUAUUUGAUACCCUACAAUAGCUGCUGAAAACCAGAGGACACAAAAUGUCCACACACCACCUGAAGCAUAGUGUUACCUUUGUCGGUGUCUCUAGCGAGUGUUUGGUCAUUUUCUUUGUCUUCUCGUUGAAUGACACAAGUGGACGUCUCCUAUGUCUUUUAUUUAAAGCUAAUUUCUCGACAUGAUAACCGUAUGAGACUGGAAAGAUCACCACUAGCUAGCAACAACCACAUUAGCUGCAAGUAUUUGACAGUGUAAAAGAUUAGCAUGGGUGCUUUGCUAUUUUUCUAAAGGGUAACUGGGUCAUUGUCGUUGUUAAAUGCUAGCUAAAGGUGCUUUUUUGGUAUAACAAUGAAAAAGAGAUUAGCAGGGGUGCUUUGCUAAAGGGGAGCUAGGUUAUUUUAACUGUUAAAUGCUAGUCAAUGCCAGCUAAAAAAUAUUUCUCUGUUAAGAAAAACCAUACAAAUAGCACUGAGAAUACGGUUAGCGUGGGUGCUCUGCAUAUUUUAUUCUUUGCUAAAGAGGAGCUAGGUCAUUGUAAAUGUUAAAUGCUAGUAAGUGCUAGCUAAAAAUGUUUCUCUGGUAUGAAUUAGGGACGCUACGUGCUUGUUUUGUUAUUCUCAUCGAUGACUUUCAUUGAACACCGUAAAAGGAACUGUUUUAAUUUUAAUCAAAAAAAAGAGAA